AUGGAGCACAGUGUGAUGGAUGCUCCAGAAAGAGUCGAGUCGAAAGAGGACGAUCCACUUGAUCAUCGUCGUUUAACGAAUGAUUCCGGUUUUGCCACUUGCAGUUCUCCACCAUUUCAGCUUCCUAUUGACGAUCAUCAUUGCUGUGAUAUGCAACGAACCAACUGGCCAUCUGUACGCUUCAAGCAUAAAGUCUUUUUGAUCUUGUUCUCGAGCGCUUUUGUUGUCGUGGCGACUGUCUUCUGGUGUUUGGUGAACGAGGAAUCGUCUCUUGGCCCCUUCGAUGGGACUUUAUCUCGUGAUCCGUGGGCGGCGAUGAACAAAUUGUUGGCAACGAUUGUCUUUCUCUCCUAUAUGGUCUUUUGCUUUGUCGGCAUUCGCGGUGUUCUCUUCAAAAGCCAAAAAAUGGUUUUCCUCUUCAUCAUCUAUUUGGUGACAGUACUGGGAGUGUCGAUUCUCCAAUUGAUCUAUCACAUCAUCCACGAUGAUCCCUAUUCCGAGGCAAUCAUCACUAUUCUUUAUCUUUUAUAUUAUAUCACAAUGUUUCUCGUUUAUCGAUUGCAUUAUCAUUAUAUGAAUCUCUGCAUUCAUUGCUAU